UGUACCAGUCGAUGCAAAAGUGGGAGGGGAUUUUCCCCAAAGUUGGUUCCUGUGACGCAUUUUGGUUUGAUUUCAACAGAUCAAGAUGCAGAAUAUUGUGAAUGCCGUUAAAGGGACAGCGCUGGGUGUUGCUGAAUACUUAACACCCGUUUUAAAGGAAUCAAAGUUCAGAGAAACAGGAGUCAUAACACCAGAAGAGUUUGUUGCCGCUGGUGACCACAUUGUACAUCACUGUCCGACCUGGCAGUGGAUGAAGGGAGAAGACUCCAAAAUUAAACCGUAUCUUCCACCUGAUAAACAGUUCCUCAUCACCAGGAAUGUGCCGUGUUACAAGCGUGUGAAGCAGAUGGACAAUCACCAAGACGACCAAGAGAAGGUGAUAGAGGAGGAGGACGGGGAUGGAGGCUGGGUGGACACGCACCACUUUCCAGGGGAACAUUCACUGGGUUCAAUGUACGAUGCUGUGGCCGAAAUGGAUUUAGAUUCAAAAGAUGACAGUAAGCCUACGACCACACCACCUGCUGAUGAUGACGAUGGUGAUGAUGAUGAGGAAGCUGCCGAUAUGGAAGAGUUCGAAGAAAGUGGAAUGUUAGAAGAAAGUGAUGUGGCAACAUUAGCACCAGAAAAAGUAGUGACUUCCGUAUCAAACAGUACAGAGAGUGGGAUACUCCAGACACGAACGUACGACUUGAAUAUCACAUACGACAAAUACUACCAGACUCCUAGACUGUGGUUGUACGGUUACGAUGAGAACCGCCAACCACUGACAGUGGAACAAAUGUAUGACGAUUUUAGUCAGGACCAUGCGAAAAAGACUGUUACCAUGGAGGCACACCCGAACCUUCCUGGACCUCCAAUGGCAUCGGUCCACCCAUGCAGACACGCGGACGUGAUGAAGAAGAUAAUUGAGAUUGUGGCUGAAGGCGGACGGGAGCUCGGUGUUCAUAUGUAUCUGAUGAUAUUUCUCAAGUUUGUUCAAGCUGUGAUUCCAACUAUAGAAUAUGACUACACUAGACAUUUUACAAUGUGACACAUUCAAAAUUAACUCCAGCUUGUGAUUCCAACUAUAGAAUAUGACUACACUAGACAUUUUACAAUGUGACACAUUCAAAAUUAACUCCAGCUUGUGAUUCAAUCUAUAUAAUACGACCAUACUUGACAUUUUACAAUGUGACACAUUCAAAAUUAACUCCAGCUUGUGAUUCCAAUCUAUAUAAUAUGACUACACUAGACAUUUUACAAUGUGACACAUUCAAAAUUAACUCCAGCUUGUGAUUCCAACUAUAGAAUACGACUACACUAGACAUUUUACAAUGUGACACAGUCAAAAUUAACUCCAGCUUGUGAUUCAAUCUAUAUAAUACGACCAUACUUGACAUUUUACAAUGUGACACAUUCAAAAUUAACUCCAGCUUGUGAUUCAAUCUAUGUAAUACGACCAUACUUGACAUUUUACAAUGUGACAUAUUCAAAAUUAACUCCAGCUUGUGAUUCAAUCUAUGUAAUACGACCAUACUUGACAUUUUACAAUGUGACACAUUCAAAAUAAACACCAGCUUGUGAUUCAAUCUAUAUAAUACGACUAUACUUGACAUUUUACAAUGUGACAAACUCAAAAUUUACAAGAGUUUGUGAUUCCAUCUAUAGAAUACAACUAUACUAGACAUUUUACAAUGUGACACAUUCAAAAUAAACACCAGCUUGUGAUUCCAUCUACAGAAUAUGACUAUACUAGACGUUAUAGAAUGUGUCACAUUCAACAUUAACACCAGCAUGUGAUUCCAUCUAUAGAAUACCACUAUACUAGACAUUAUAGAAUGUGUCACAUUCAACAUUAACACCAGCAUGUGAUUUAGUGACAGUAUUCAAAACAUGCCUAGUUUCUGAACACAUUUAGCAACGCUAUACAUUCAAAAUGAAUAUAUUGAUGUAAUAAUUCA